AUAGUGCAUACAUUCAUUUACGGAAACAUACAAUUUCUCAACCUACGAAGGAUUUAUUGAUGCAUUUUCAAAUAGAUGGAUCGUUGCAUCUUUAAUGUUUGAAGUUUAUAAAACCAAAAUAACAUGUGAACUGUUUACAAUGAAAUAAAAUAGUGGAGGGCCAACUUUUUACAGCUGACACGCAUAAACAACAGCCAUGAAGGGCAGGACUUGCCUUAACCAAGGUCAGGAUGACGAAAUGGAAAUCACUGGCUAUACUCGAAAUACUAUCAGAACUGGGGUUAUUUGGUUUUUCAUCGUCAUCACUGUGGGACUACUUCGAUUGUUUUUCUACUGGCUUCCUCAUCUGAUGAUCCGUGCCAUGUAUAGCGAGUGUAGCCUAGACUUGGCACAAGUCGUUAUACUUAAAGACGAGUACGGGCAGUGGUUCGUCUCUAACGUAAUGACGAUCGCCAGGGACGUUACGAAAGUCUUGGGGAAGGGCAAAAGCGAAGGUAUGGUUUCACACGGAAGUCAGGCACUGCUAGCUGACGCCGACCAACAACAAUAUUCCCAGAACAUCAGCCGUUAUUUCGUGACAAAGAAAAUGAAGUACAUUUGGAACCAAGAGUCUUCAAUGUUUUCCAAAGUCAAGGGCAUUGAAGAGGAUGUGACUGUGAACUAUUUCCACGAUACUUCCUGUCUGUCGUUCACGGACGUGUCCAGGAGACGUAUGCUAUACGGCUUCAAUUCAGUAGAUAUACACGUCACACCAAUCAUAAAGCUCUUGUUUAAAGAGGUGCUGUCACCAUUCUACAUCUUCCAAUUAUUUAGUUGCUCACUGUGGUAUGCUGAUGAAUACGAAUACUACGCAUCCUGUAUUGUAUUUAUCUCUGUCUUGUCCAUCACCGCAACUAUAUACCAAACAAGAAAGAUGCAACGAGCUCUUCGUAAUACAGUUCAGUCGUCAACUAUCGUUUCAGUGAUAAGAAACGGAAAUGAAAGUAUGGAUAUCAGUUCUGAAGACCUAGUGCCUGGUGACGUCAUAGAAAUCCCACGUAACGGAUGUCUUAUGCAAUGUGACGCCGUUCUUAUCACCGGAAGUUGCAUCGUAAAUGAAAGCAUGCUUACUGGUGAGAGUGUUCCUGUCACUAAAACACCGAUUCCUAAUCCGCGGUUGACUCACGAGGAUAGCCGAAUGAUGUUUAGACCUAAAGACCAUGGACGUCAUAUCCUGUUUUGUGGAACACACGUGAUACAAACUCGUUUCUAUGGAGGUCAUAAGGUUAAAGCCGUGGUCUUCAGAACAGGUUUCUCCACGGCGAAAGGCGAAUUAGUUCGCAGCAUCCUCUAUCCUAAACCUGUGGAUUUCCGGUUCAAUCGGGAUACAUACAAGUUCGUUGGGAUCCUCGCGGGCGUCGCAUUCGUUGGCUUUGUCUACACGAUUGUUCUGAUGGUGAAUAGAGGUGACGCUGCUGGUGAUAUCGCCCUACGAGCCCUGGACCUUAUCACAAUCGCCGUCCCCCCGGCUCUACCGGCGGCCCUCACCGUCGGUAUUGUGUUUGCACAAAGCCGACUCAAAACUGCGCGAAUAUAUUGUAUCAGUCCACGGAGUAUCAACGUGUGCGGAGGGAUAAACACAGUUUGCUUUGAUAAGACUGGCACUCUAACAGAAGACGGCCUUGAUAUGCAUAGCGUGGUACCAGUAAAUGAUGAGAAGUUUGAGCCGGGCAUCACACAUUUGAACCUGUUGCCGAGAUGCAAGUUUAUGACAGGAAUGGCUACGUGCCACUCAUUGACGAUAAUCGACGGUGUUUUAAGCGGGGAUCCACUCGAACUAAUUAUGUUCGAGUCAAUAGGCUGGGAAUUGAAGGAACCCACGAUGGAAGAGGGGUCAAACUUUGACAUGAUCUGUCCAACUAUCGUCUAUCCGAAAUCGUCCUCACUUGUGCAGUCCGCAGAUCUGACCAGUGGAAACGUGGUGAACUCGGAAGAGGUCGGCAUAGUUCGCCAGUUUACGUUUUCAUCGAGCCUACAGCGUAUGUCGGUAAUCGUACGGCGAUUGGGGGCCGAACAUUUUGAAAUAUUCACGAAGGGUGCUCCAGAAAUGAUUGCCUCACUAUGCGUCACAGACACUGUUCCCGACGAUUUCCACGAUAUCUUGAUGAGCUACACGAGGCACGGGUUUCGUGUGCUUGCUCUUGCCUACAAACCUCUUCCAGAAAAGCUCAAGUACCCUAAACUGCAGAGAAUAGAGAGGGAGCAGGUUGAGAGAGGUUUAACCUUCCUUGGCCUUAUAGUUAUGGAGAACCGCUUGAAGCCGGAGACCACACCCGUUAUCAGAGACCUGAAGGACGCUAACAUUAGGCCGAUCAUGGUCACGGGUGACAAUAUGUUAACGGCUCUGAGCGUUGCUCGUGAAUGUUUCUUCGCGGAGGAGAACGAGAAAAUCAUCCUCGUGCAGGUGUUCCCGGCGCAGUACAACGCAAAUGGUGACGUCAUGGAACAAGCACACGUGGAAUAUGUGUACACGGAUCCACGGACUGAUAAAAAGGCAAAUCGAAUGCACAAGGAGAAGCAAUUCGAUAUGUUACCGAUGGAGCUGAGAGAUGCAGAGCUUGGCACAGGAAAGAAAUAUCACUUCGCGGUAACUGGCAAGUCUUGGAGUUUGCUCAGAGAAAGUUUUCCAGAAUUAAUUGACAAGAUUGUUGUACGAGGAACGAUAUUUGCUCGCAUGUCGCCAGAUCAAAAGGCACAACUUGUUGAAUGUCUACAGGAUUUAGGCUAUUACGUUGGUAUGUGUGGGGACGGGGCGAAUGACUGUGGCGCUCUUAAGACGGCGCAUGCUGGCAUAUCCCUGUCGGAGGCAGAGGCGUCUGUUGCCUCUCCGUUUACUUCAAAGACGCCAAACAUCUCAUGUGUACCUACAACUAUCAGAGAAGGUAGAGCGGCCCUUGUCACCAGUUUUGGAAUCUUCAAGUAUAUGGCAUGUUACAGCCUCACACAGUUUGUGUCAGUGCUCCUUUUGUACUGGGUGGGAGUGAACCUUACUGACUACGAGUUCCUGUAUAUCGACUUGUUCCUGUUGACGACUCUAAGUAUUACAUUCGGACGCACGCAUGCCUACCACCGUCUCCACAAGGUCCCGCCGCUUGUAAGGCUGACCAGCCUGGCUCCUGUCCUGUCUCUCACCCUCCAGAUGGCAAUUAUUAUAGCAGUACAGGUCUUCUUCUACUUCAUCAUUAAGCGAGAGCCCUGGUAUAUUGAGUAUGUGGACGACCCGGAGGAGGAUUAUGACUACAUGAGUUACGAGAAUACCGCCGUAUACAUCAGCUCCUCCUAUCAAUAUAUCAUACUGGCCAUUGUCUUCUCCAAGGGCAAACCGUACAGGAAAUCCAUGUUCACCAACUAUUUCUUCUUGGUCAACUUAUUUAUCUGCAUUGGAAUAACUGCGUGGAUCAACAUUUAUCCAACAGACCCGGUCGCUGAAUUCUUUGAGUUGAUGUUGCCAUCAAGUAUUCCAUACAGGCUACUGUUUUUGGGUGUUGCAGGAAUCAAUCUCUUAUUAUGCAUGCUACUCGAGGAAUACAUCCUCGAUAGCCAUUAUGUGUCAGUCACUCUACAAAGCAAACUCGACAAAUGUAUUCCAGGAUCUAAGCUUAAGUACGAAACUGUUGAGGAAGAUCUUCAAAUGGCAAGCGCAUGGCCUCCAGUGAAAUCAGAAGAUUUGGCGGGAACUUUUGCGCGAAUGGACAGUGCUUUUCUCUCUUCCAAAACAUCGUUGAAUGAGCAGGACAACUAUUCAUUGUCUGAAAGUGAAACAGGAAGUCAAAAUGAAUAUGAUCAGGAGAAGAGCCCAAAUGCGUCCCCAAAUGAUAUAAAGCUAAGUGGUGUAUCGAACACAGCGUUUGAACAAGAUGAAACUUACAACAAUGGAAACACGUCGACAAAAUUGUGAUACUGACUACAUGUUAAUGUAGCAGACUGUUUUUUUUUAUUUGAAAGUCCUUUUUAUAUCCAUUUAUGUUUUACAUACGGAGCAGCGAGACAAGGUCAUUGUAUUGUUUUUUUGUGGAAGCAUAACUCUCGUUUUAACAUGUUGCUUGUUUGUUUAAGGUCGAUAUAUUGAACGAGUGAUGAAUUUUGUUGCACUAUUUUGCUGAAUGAUAUCGAAUUAAAUCGGUAUUCGUUACAUAUUAUACCAUAAAUAUGUUUUAUUUUACACUCACAAAGUAAGUAAAUACUCGGAUAAAACGUUCUCUUUUUCGCGCGCGUGUGUGUGUGUGAUCGUGUACAUGUGCGUGCUCAAUUUGCUCUUAAAUAUUGACUCUCAAGAAAGGGUGUUAAAUUCACCAACGUGAACAAACGAAAUAUUGCUUUUUGAUUAUCCAAAUAAUAUGCGUUGAUAUGCAGACAUUAAUAUUUAAGUGUGGAUGAUGUCAAUGCCAUUCAACGUUGAAUAUACAAUAAUAUAUAAUGAAGAAAUAUUUAAGUCAGUAGAAGUAAAGACGUCUCAUGAUCCAUACAAACAUGCGACUCUGUCGACCAUCUAUGCUUCAAAUAUAUAACUACAUUUACAAACCCCAUUCUGCUUCUAAAUGCAUUGAUAUCGUCUGAAAUUUGGAAGAAGAGCAUAGCAGUAACAUCCGCCAAAACAGGGAAAUGCACAAGAUCAUGGUAUUCGAAAAUACGACUCUUGUGACUGUUUUAAGUUACGCAAUAUCAAUUAUUUCAGCUGUGUCCAAAAUCCCGUAGGCUAUCUUUUUUUGCUCAUUUUGUAGACCAAUGUUUGUCUCAAGAAUUACACUUAACUCGCACAGCAUUGUAAAUAUUUUGAAAAUAUUAACGAGCGUUUUUUUCGUAUCAUUUGUUACUUAAUCGCUGUAUUGAAGGUUAUACCACAAUAUAUAUUAUAUGAACAUGCGUUAACAAAGAUCCUGUAUGAAGGCACAAUAUUGAAGGACAAUCAUAUAUUUAUGAGAGACACGUGUCUCUUGAUGUAAUGCAUUACACCUA